CGGCUGAUAAAAACACUUUUCGAUUCCAUUAUUCCGUCAUAUUUCUGCCAAAUUUCCACCAAGUUGAGCAGUUGUUUACACAAAUUUGUAGAUACACAGAAAUGGGUGACAGCUCGGAUGACGAAUACUUAGGCACGGAAUGGAUUCCGUACAGCGAGCGUGCGGAGUGGGCCGAUUUAACACCGCUGGCCCAGGAUGAUGGUCCCAACCCAGUUGUGUCCAUAGCCUACAGCCAGAAGUUUCGCGAGGUAUUCGAUUACAUGCGUGCCAUAAUUGCCCGAGGCGAGAAGAGCCAGCGGGCCUUGGAUCUGACCACAGACGCACUGCGUCUGAACCCGGCCAACUACACGGUGUGGCAGUACAGGCGCGACAUACUGCGAGAACUGAAGGCCGAUCUGAAUGUGGAGCUCGACUACCUAAGCGAGGUAAUCGGCCAGAACUCGAAAAACUAUCAGGUGUGGCAUCACAGGCGCGUCAUUGUCGAGAUGUUGAACGACGCCAGCAACGAGCUGGAGUUAACAGAGAAUGCACUAAUAAACGAUGGAGAUGCCAAGAACUAUCACGCGUGGCAGCAUCGCCAGUGGGCCAUACGCACAUUCAACCUCUAUGAUUCGGAGCUGUCUUUUGUGGAUCGCUUGAUCGGUGAGGACCAGCGCAACAAUUCGGCUUGGAAUCAGCGCUUUUUUGUGAUCAAGCACUUGGGCUUCAGCCCCAACCUGGUCGAUCAAGAGCUGAUCUACGCCAUGAAUCGCAUUCGCAUCAUCAAGAAUAACGAGAGUGCCUGGAACUAUUUGGUAGGCGUCAUACGACAGAGCAAGUACGGCGACGGGCUACUAAACAACCAUCCGGCGGUGGUGGAAUUCGCUGAGGAGCUCUACCAGACCGGCAACCGUUCGCCAUAUCUGAUGGCCUUUCUGAUUGACCUCUACCAGGAGCAGGCACUGCAGCAGGACAUCAGCGAACGUGAACAGAAAGCGCGCAAGGUGUAUGGCCUGUGCGACGACAUGUCCAACAAACACGACGUGAUUCGCCGCAAGUACUGGCAGUAUGUGGCCAACCAUUUGAAGGCACAGCUAAAAAAGAGCUCUGAGAAGGCGAAUUAAUAGUUCCAUCGGCUGCAUCAUUCGCUUUCGACUUAGUUUUAAAUCUAUCUACGUACUUAGGCCUUCUUUAUACAGAAAUAAAAUUAAAAUUUAACCAA